UGCAGCGCGCGUCUCCCAUGCAUAUUGCCUCCCUCUCGCUGUCAUAAAGACAGGACAGCUGUACAAGAGAGAAGUUGUUGGCACAUCGAGCACCAGCAGGUUGCAUCCUCACCAGGAUCGUGUCGCUUUACGGAGUAGUCUGGACUUCUUUUCUCUUCUCUGUCGGAAAAUGUGGCGGACGCAUCAGUAUCUUAAGAUUUCACUGAUGUGUGCGAUGUGGAGACUGCGGGUCAUCUUAUGUACUCUGUCGGUGCUGUCCCUGUCAUCUGCUGGAGAAAGCAAAGCGCGGAGCUGUAGCGAGGUUAGACAAGCUUACAGCGCCAAAGGAUUCAGCCUCCUCCAUGCGCCUCAUCAGGAGAUAUCAGGUGAGCACCUGCGUGUCUGUCCUAAGGGUUACACCUGCUGCACGUCUGAGAUGGAGGACAAACUCAGCCAGCAAAGCAAACAUGAACUUGAGAUUAUGGUUGAAAACAGCAGCUACAACAUGAGAACAACUUUUAUCUCUAGACAUAAAAAAUUUGAUGAGUUUUUCCUGGAGCUGCUGGACAACUCUGAAAAAUCUCUCAACAGUAUGUUCACAAAGACAUACGGGAAGCUGUAUAUGCAGAACUCUGAGGUGUUCCAGGACCUCUUCACUGAACUAAAGCGCUAUUACACUGGGGGCAACGUCAACUUGGAGGAGAUGCUGAAUGACUUCUGGUCCAGGCUGUUGGAACGCAUGUUCCAGUUGCUCAACUCCCAGUAUCACUUUACAGACGACUACCUGGAAUGUGUCACCAAAUACACAGACCAGCUAAAGCCCUUUGGAGAUGUGCCCAGAAAACUGAAGGCUCAGGUCACCAAAGCAUUUAUUGCUGCACGGACGUUUGUCCAGGGGCUAAUGGUGGGUCGCGAGGUUGCCAACAGGGUUGCCAAGGUGAACAUAGUUCCAGCUUGCGUCAGAGCCUUGACACAGAUGCUGUACUGUCCGUACUGCCGUGGCAUGCCUGGGCUAAAGCCUUGUCACAAUUACUGUUACAACGUUAUGAGGGGCUGUCUCGCAAACCAGGCAGAUCUGGAUACUGAAUGGAACCUGUUCAUUGAUGCCAUGUUGGCGGUAGCAGACAGACUGGUGGGUCCUGUCAACAUUGAAGCAGUAAUAGAGCCAAUCGAUAUUAAAAUCUCAGAGGCUAUAAUGACGAUGCAGGACAACAGCAUGCAAGUAUCAGCAAAGGUUUUUCAAGAGUGUGGUCAACCAAAGCCUUCUUCAGUAGGCAGGUCUGCACGGGGCAUCUCAGAUUCAUUUGGUAGUCGCUACAGACCCUUUACCCCAGAACAGAGACCUACGACUGCAGCUGGAACAAGCUUGGAUAGACUGAGGGCUGUUUGGAAGACAAUGCAACACAGUGUGAUUGACAUCAAAGACAAGUUACUGGAGUCCAAGAGAUUCUGGUCGAAAUUACCAGAUGACAUCUGUGCAGAAAGCAAACUGUCAGCGUCUGAUGAAGAACAGUGCUGGAACAGCCACACAAAGGGCAGAUAUUUCCCUGAAGUGGUUAAGGAGGGUCUCACCAACCAGGUGAACAAUCCAGAGGUGAUUUUGGACAUCACCCGACCGGACACACUGAUUCGGCAGCAGAUCAUGACUCUACGAGUCAUGACCAACAAGCUAAAGAAUGCCUACAAUGGAAAUGACAUCUCCUUUCAGGACUCCAGUGACGAGGGCAGUAGCUCCGGAAGCGGAAGUGGAUGUUCUGAUGGCUGCACGACAGAGUUUGUUUUAGUAGUAACAGAAGCUCCAGUGAUCGGACCUGACAGAAGCGAUGAACGGGCGGCAGCUGCUGCUGCGGGCCAGUCAUUCUCCUGUGGACCCUCCACAAUGCUGGUGAUGGGUGCCCUCACAUUCCCACUCUGGGCAGCACAGACCCAAUGGAGAUAAUACAGUGUGGCCUGAUCUUUGACUCUUAUACUGUUAGCAGUAUGUUUCACAGCUACCCUGCUGUUUCCUCACUGGACAUGUAGAACCUCCUGGAAACAUGUCAAGAAUGGCUGACUAUAUGGUGUGGUAAGGUUGGAAGUGAAUGCAGUGCUGAAUCUUGCUUGUCCCCCAAAGAAUGUCCGUUGCCAUCAGUGAAGCAGCUUUUACCAUCUCUGAAAAUAUGAAAAUGUGGUGUUUUCUCAUCAUCAUGUGAGCUCUAAAAAACAUGCUUCUCCUUUAGGAAUCCAAACUAUGUUCACAUGGCUCUAUCAGUGAUUUUUCAGAUAAAAAGAAAACCUUUAUUUUUUCUUCCUUUGUGUGAUGAAAUUAAAUAAGACAACACCAUUGUUAUCCUAUUAGUUCUCUUUUCCUCAGACAAUGGCUGAAAGAUUUGAUGUGUGCAUGCAUGAGUGUGAUGAAAACAGACAUUGUUGAGUUCUACUAUUUUUAUUUGUUCAGAUUUUAUUUUAUUUUAUGUUUCCAGCCUUCAAUGUUUAAGCUUUUUUGUUUGUUUUCUUGUUAUUUUGCAAAGUACCAUAGAGCCCAGACACUUCAUUAAGUUUCCUCUUAAGUCAUAUCAUUGUUGCUUGAGGAAGCAGCAAAUCUUACAGCCACUUUGUUGAUGCACACCUGAUUAUCUCUGCAAAAGUGCUAAAAUUGCUGCACUAAGGGUACUACUUUGCACAGAUUAUUAUUUUUUUGGCUUGUUUAUAAAGCUGCAAAAGGCACCCAUUAUAUAAAUAUAUUUAAAAAAAGAUUUCUAUUUUCAGAUCCUUUAGGUUGAUUGUAUUGUUCUUUAAGUGGUUACAGUAUGUAGGAUUGUACUGUAAUGUGAUCCACUGGUUUAGGUUAAAACUUCAUCUCUAUAGAGAUAUUAAAUAUAUUUUAUUUCAUUAGAAUUUUUAUGUUACAAAAUCUUUCAAUAACAAUAUCAAGCCAUUAUCCUACAAAUGCCUGCAAAGAUUAUUAAUCAACCUUUUUUGGGGUCAUUAACAUGCACUUACAUAUUUCUUUUUAUCCCCAGAAGACUGGAAAGGCAAAUAAAGAGAGAUGUAUUGCAAAGGAAUAUUAAGUUAAUUUAUUUCUCUGGAUUUCAACGAUAAGAAUGAGCACAACGCUGAAAUUAGCAUGUUUUUGUCUGAGCAGCAGAAGCAAACCAGCCCAUCCUACAACCUUGCAUUUUUGCGUAAUUUGAUAUGGCAUGUACAAUGUCACCUCUAAAAGAAAAGGACUGCCAAGGUUAGGGACAUUGAGAACUAAAAAAUUUGGACUUACUACUUUUAUCCUUCAGUCUGUCCCCUAUAGGCUUUGACCUUUACGGACUGUAAAGGCUUAGUGUGUAAAGCAAAUAACCUCUGUUCCAGAAACACAGCACCUGAGACCCCUGGUCAUGCAGAAAAGGUUAGCCUUAGAAAGUGUCACAGACCCGCUGCUUAAAUUAACAAUGGGAGAUUUGUUUUAACAUUUUGCACAAAAGAUGAAAAAAAAAAAAUGUGUUUGCUCUCAUGUUUGCUUCUGCAGGAUUGAAAACCAACCAAGUAAUGACCAAUGAAAGCUGUUUCCACAUUACACAGGAUCAUUAUCACAGCACUGACCUCUCCAAAGGAAUCAGUGUAACAAAUUAAGGCCCUGUGCACACGCUCACCCGUUGGGCUUGUUAUUUGUUCUGUUUGUAUUAACACAUCUACAUCACAACUUUUUCAUUUUAAAAUCUUUGCACAACACACCAGCAGAUGUGCAAAUAAUUUUUCCCUGUCAUGCCUAUAGUAGGGGGUAUUGUUUUUGAAACACUUUCUACUUUAACAGGCGCCAGCAUGAAAUUAGAUUCUAGAAAAACAGUGACCCAAAGAUUUAUGAGGACAUAGAGGGAAUUUCAAUGGUUGUUUUAAGAUGACUUGGAAUUUAAUUAAAACAAUUACUGUUGAUUUUAAACAGGUUAGAAUCUAUUAUCAUGUGCACAUUAAUUUCAAUUUAUUGCAUUAAUAGGUAAGCAGGAUUUUCUAAUGCAGAUUCAGUUUUUCGUGUGAAUACAACAACAGACACAGGAAUAUCAUUAAGUAAUUUCCCUCUAGAACAAAUUUUUUAAACCUUUCUAUUAAAAUAGGAAAUGUGUGCCAUUAUCAUGAACAUUAAGUUUAGAAACGCUGCAGAACUUUUCACUUUGAACAAAAAUUUAAAGUGAAGGUCCUAACAGCAGCUUAAAAUAUCUCAGAGGUUAUGUUUAACCAACAGUAUGUAGAAAGGAGGAUACUGUAGGACUGUAUAUAUCUGCCCUUACCUGAAGGCACCACAGGGUGAGAAUCAACAAAAAGUAUCAAGCACAAAUUUUACGCAAGCAUCACAGCUGAUUUCACACAGAGCACCAGAAGGGAAAUCUGUCCUCAGUGUGCUUGUGUGACUCACAGUCAAGGCCCUGAAAGCCACAGGAAGCUCCCACGACACAACUGUUGACCUCUUUAAAUUCACUCCUUGCCGAAAUCUAUUUAGGAGAAAGUGACUGAUUAACACCCACCUACCCAACAAAACCAGCAUGGCAUGAUGAAGGCACUGAGGCAUGAACCUUAAUUGUAGAAUGCAACAAGCAGAGGCCUGAGGAAAGAUGCUGCAGUGAUUAACAUAAGGUCCUCCCCAAUGUCAAACUGUCCAAAGGUAAAUCUGUGGAGUAAAAGUUAGAAAUCCAAGUACACUUCAACUGUCCCUGAUUGUUUUAAGUAGUGCAAAAUGAAAGGAAUAAGCAAAAAUCAUACCCAGUGUUUCAUAGUUAGUGAAAUCAAAAUUUUAGCUAUAAAGUCAAGAUCUGGAUGUUAUGACUGAUAAAAAAGACAAAGAGGGAAGUGGUUUGUACAAACGUAAUUAAUAGCGUGCUCUCCACUCCAGAUGAUAUAAAGAUUGUUAAUAUUUUAAAUUGUGAAGUCUACUUUGUUUGGUAGCAUGCACUUUCCUUCAUUUCAAGCUUGCAACACAUUCCAAAAAGUUUGGGUGCUUUAGAUAGCCAAUGGACUAGUUUCCUGGCUUUGAUAGAAAAGGUUUUAACAAGCUAAGAAAAGUUUACCUUCAGACGUUUUUACAAUCUGAAUAAGAAAUUUCAAAGUUGUAAAAGAAUUAAAACAAAGCUACAAAUGGUAUCGGAUGCAAAGAUUAUAUCUUUAAAAAUGGUGGGUAGAUGCACUUUUUUAAAUUUCUUUGGCUUUGACAAGUAGAAUAUCUUCUAUUAAAGAACAACAUGCCACCCUGCAGACAUGAGGAAAAGGCUGCUGGACAAGAGAGUGUGAUAUAAGUACAGUAAUCCUAACGCGUCAGUGAUUGUGAAGAGAAUUUGAUUGAAACAGCAAAGUAAUACCAGAUAUGGUUUUUCAAGGAAUAAGACUUCAAAGUCCUCAUUUGUUAGAAUGUGUUAUAAAGCUUCAAAUGCAGAAAGAGAUUUCACCGUAUUAAAAAAUAAAAGAAAAUCAACUACACCAUUCAACAGUCCUUCCAUCUGACAAAGAGAAAUACAUCGCUGAUACAAAAGAUGUGACUCAAAUAUUAACUUUCAUAAUUAGAUCAGAAUAUUUGAUGGGUUUAAAGAUUUGUGACUGAGCUUGAAAUGAAUUGAUGGUGUGGGUUAGGGAGGUCAGAUUAUAUACUGCAAAAAGCCGACAGCUUUUUAAUCAUGAGGCAUUUUAACAUUUUUAAGAACAAAAUGUGGCUGAGGAAGAGUAGAAGGAAGAAAAUUGUGCAUAUUUUCAUUUCAGAGCCUGCACUGAAGAAAAAUUGUAAUUAUGAACUAAGAUUGUAAAGCCUUAUAACUGAGUAAACCAAUGGUUUCAGAGGUGGCAUCCUUUCUUUUAUUAUUUAAUAUGCUGACUCCUGCAAGCCAUUCAAUGGGAUGCAGAUUAAAUUAAUAUUGGUGGUUGUGUUCACAUUAUGAUUUUUAAGUCAGACUAUGAUUAAGUCUUAAUAUACUUUAUUUGCUUGUUUUAUUUCUAGUAAAGAGAGUGUGUGUUUGAUGCUCAAGAUUGUGUUUUUACGUUCUAAUAUUGGCAGCUUUGCCAAAGAAAAUAAAAAAUUUACAAAUUUAUCUUACAUUUCCUGAAAAAACAUGAGUGCUUUUGGAUAGACAGUUACUAUUAUGUGGGUUGUGCUUGAAUCAGCACGUCUCUGGUCAUUUAAAAGUUUUAGAUAAGAAAAAGAGUGGUGGUCUAAAACACUUUCCAACCAACAAAUUGUCUUAAAUUUAAGAAUCUAGAAGGAUGAGAUGUAUGGGGGUAGAGAUGCACCCACAUUUGAUGCAUCAACGUUAUUGGAGCAUGAGGAGGAUAAGGCCACCUCCAUGUCCUUGGUCUUCUUUCUCUUGUAGACCACUACUGGGUCAAAGAAUCCAGUUUGAUUGACUGAACAUUUCAAGUAAAUUUCAGAGAAGAAUGCAAGGGUGACUUAGUAAGCCCUUUUCCAUGUCUGAGCCUGGAUCCUAAGCACAUGAACACAACUGACUCAUCACUGAGAUUUGAAUUAGCCUUCAUGCAGAAGUUGGUGGCUGCAUUGCACUCUAUUUCGAUCUGGUAAAAGGUUUGAUCACCCAGUCGUAUUUGGUAGAAGUCAAAGUAAAAAAUCCAGAACACUUAUAGAGAAGAAAAACAGCUGAUGGUGCUUUAUUUGGUCAGAGUGAUGAAAAACUUUCCCUGGAAAGUCCUAAGAGCUGAAUGUGGAGUCUGCUGUGAUGUGCAAUACUGACUUUUCUUGACCUGAUUAUAAGCGAGACAUUUGUGAAAGAUCCAAUAAAAGGCAAAUAUUGUUUUUUCUAAGCUGUGUGGCUGAUUAUCUGCAAACCUAGAAUGUUGUUUCAUCAAUACCAAUUUAUGUAAAAUGUGAUUUACAUGAGAAAAUAUCUAAUUUGCCGUAAUUUUGGUAUUUUUCCUAAGGAGAUUCAAGCUGGCAGAAACAGCACCGGGUUCAGAAACCAUUACCCUGAUGACUUUAUGCUUGGCAAAUCAAACGAAUAUUGAUAUGUGCAAUAUACUAGGUAACAGUGAAAAAAUAAUUCAUUUGAAAGUUUUAAAAAAAUAAAAACGUACCUUAGGCAGGUUUCUGAGUCAGGCCCUAAGAGUCACAAACUAAAGUUUAAAAAGGGCAGAAAGUCAGCUGAUAACUGUCAAAUACUAGUCCUGUUUGAUCUUUAUCGUUGAGUCUUAAUAAAUAUGUUUUUGUGCAGUUUAGAAACACAAUAAGCAUCUGCAGCCACACAAAGGUUGAAGGUACCCAUUAGAGCCUUUGCUGGAGCUGUGAUUGCAUCAGAGCUGAGGAUGAGUGAGGAUAAUGCUGGGCUUUGCUGGGGUUGCUGAAAACACAACAGUGAAAGUGAAUUGAGAAUCACAGCCUGGUCCAGUUUUUCCAAAGAGCUUGUAUCUUAAGAAAGCUGGUGUUUUCCCACAAUGAUAAAAUGUGCUGAUGGCUUUCUCUGCUACCUUCUUUUAUUCCAAUCCUUCUUGACAUGUUGAAGUUAUUCUCGCCAGAACUACAAAGAUUAUUUAUCCAUGACCCAUAAAUAAAUCAUUAUCAGCCUUCUGGAUUAUUUCACCAUUCAAAAAAAGAGAAGACUGUAAUCAACAGUGUCUGAUUUAUUUUUACUCAAUGUUUAGAACACAGUUUGUUAUGUGUUUUCAUUUCAGCAAAAAUCAUUUGCUGCACUAUUGCUAAACAAAUGCUAUGAGUGUGGUACUUUUGUGACUUGCAAAAACGUUAUGACUAGGGAGCACGUUACAAUUUUUUGAAACUGUUCAGUGCACGCUGUUUAAAGUGUUUGGGGGAACUAAAGUCGGUGGUUAUACUAGCAGACAUGCCUUACCAUUUUUUAAAAGACUAAAAUGUAUUGCUUAUUCGGCUUUUGUUACACAUUCUUGUAUACAGAAAAUAUUA